AUGCCACCGGACUCUCAAGAAUCUCAAGCGCUGAUCUUCUGGAGACCUAAAUACUUAUUCUUCCCUCCCGUCCAGGAACCUCCUCCUCCAACAAGGGUAUUCAGGCAUAUCGAUCUGGCCGAGGAGAGAGAAGAUCUCCGUAGGGAGUAUGAAAGAAGAAGACCAUUCUUCGGUCCAGAUACUCCCCCCUCUCAUACGCCCAAUCACGAGAUCAUCUUUCCUCAACUCUUCCUAAAUGACACUUUCCUUCGACUCAUACGAAAUUCACCAAGACAAUUACCGAUCAUCAAAUUCACUCCUCAGAUCAAUUCUGACUAUGAUACUACUCCAAACAAAAUACACUCUGACCACUCUGACGCUACCCGUCAAACAGAAGCCUAUAUCGAGGAAAUUCACGAAGAUAACGAAGAAGCUGAAUCUUCCUUAGAAAGUAUUGACGAGACAAGUACAUUUCCUUUCGCUACUGAACAGAUCGAAGACGUCGUCAAGAAACCUACUAAAAUAACGCUGAAACGCAAAUCUCAAGAUAUGCAUGAAGAGGAUGAUGUGUUCUCAUCAAACUAUCAAUUUCGCUCUACUAACCUCUCAUCGAAAAAAGCUAAAUCAGAUGAUGAUGCGUCAAAAGAACAAUGGCGGGUUGGACGAAGACCAGGAUUCCAAGGAAGUUUCGUCGCUCCGAAAAGGACUAGCAGUGGUGAAGAUGAAAACAGCACCGCAAGUGGCAAUAACAGUGGAAAGAAAAGAAUUUUGAGUCAGAAUAUCACAGCUUCCGCUGAAAAAGUACUCAAAAAACCAUUCAAACCUCCUACGAGGGUAUCACCAAGUUUUAAAUCUGGAUCAAAACUCCAAUUAAGGUCUCGUGAUCUGGUGGAAGUAUCAUCACCUUUCACUUCACCUACUGAAACUCCCGACGAAAGGAUCAUUACACCUUCAACUCCUCAAAAUAAAUUCCCUUUCCCAAAGAUCGAUCCAUUCUUCCCUGAUUUUCCUACUCCUCCAUCAUCCUCAUCCUCUCGUUCAAGAUCGGUCCCAAGUCGGAAAGUUAAACCGGUCAAGCCAUUCAAAACUCCCAUCAGGACAAAUCGAUCCAGUGCACCUUCACCUUCUUCAACCAAUACGCCUAGUAGACCCGAACGAAAUGCCAUUUACCCCACUUCCAAGCCUACACAAUCCACCAAUGAAAUGAGCAACAGGCAAAGUAAAAAUGAUGAGUUGAAGGAUCUUCAAAAUGAGAUUAUGAUUAGUAAACAGGCUAUCAAGUACCUUCGGGAAGAUGAUAAUGCUCGAUUGAGGGAAUUGAUCGAUAUAUGGAAGAAUGCAGGAAGAGAAGUGGUCGAGAAGUUAUUUGGCAUUGUACCCGAACCUGUCCAAUCUAAUAACUCGACGAACAUUAACUAUCAUGAUAGUAAUCAUCCGGUCUCGUCAUCGUACUGGAAUUCUUCGACUUCAACUUCGUCAAUGUCAAUGGCUAUAGGUGAGGAUCAGAUGGAGUUCAUAAGGAAUGCAAGGAGGAACGAUAAUGGGGAUAUUAUAGAUGAUGAAGGGAAUGUCCUGAUGAUUGGUGAAGAUGAAGGAGAUAUCGAUCAUUUUUGGAAUCAUUUGGGAAUAAACCACAAUUACAGCAGCAGUGAUACUAGAAAUAGAUCAAAUAGAUAUCAAUACAAUUAUGAUAAUUAUGAUCUCAAUCAUACGAAGUAUGAUAAUGAAGAUCAAAGCUCACCAUACGAGAAUCAGUCCCAAGUCGAAGCUCAAUCAAAUGAACAGGGAUGGAAUUACGCAAGUCUCAUGAAGAUUUUCGGUGUCGAUCCAGAUUUGUUUGGGUGGGAUCCAGUGAACGAGGAUUGGAAGGAGCAUGACGAAGAAUAA